UUUAGUCCCAGCCAAGGAAUCUGGGAAUCCAGACGGCUCUGGGAGAUGAGGAGAAGCUGAGGAAGCCUUGGGUACCACAGCUGGAAGCCCUGAGCUCCAUCAGUCCUGUUCAGGACAAGGUUGAUCUCAAGGACAGCCUGAAACAAGAGACUCCUGUUCAACUUCCAACCACCGGCCUCUGUUCUUCCGUUGUCCAUUCCCGGCCAUGGAUCGAUCCACGCAAGAGCUUUUCCUCAACUUUAUGAUCGUGCUGAUCACAGUGCUUUUGAUGUGGCUUCUGGUGAAGUCUUACCAAGAAUGAGGGACUUGCCCACUCCAUGGCAUCACUGGAGGAUGUCUAUUUGGAGAAGGAUAUGAAGUCUGCCGCUCCUGUGUGCGCGUCGUGUCUUUGGCUUUGUGUGCAAAAUCUGUAAUGUGAUUUUGUUUUUU